AACUUUUUUUUUUUUUCGAGAAAGAGAGAAAAGAAUGAAAAAAAGGAACCUGUUGUUUACACCAUAGAGAUAUAAAUAUAAAUAUAUUUAACUCCGAUUUAAUCUCGACUGUAGUAUACAAUCUGUAAAGUCGAACGGCGAUCCUUUAGUGAUAUCUUUCACUCCUUUAUUUUGUCCCAUUUCACACGUGUUUCUUGGUAAACUUCCCAAUAAUAUCAGCUACUUGACUGCUCGUGGCUCCUUGUGGCUAUACGUACCUGAUUAUCAUCACAACUAGCUUGUUGCUAUAAAUAAUCAGAUAAACAAAACGUAUGGUUUAUUUUUGGUGAAGAGGAAAGAGGAGGGGCUUCUUAGGCUUAAACUUUAUUUUUUUGUGGGUUGAUUUUUUUUUCUUUAAUGAACAUCAAAAAAAAAAGAAGCGAGUCUUAUAGGCAAAUAAAGAAAUACGUAUUACCUCAUUUACUAGAAAGAAGUUCCAGAGUUCAAAAUCAAAGAGAACUCCCAAAAAAAGCAAUACCAAUUAGGGAAAGGUACACCGGUGUUUCAAAUUUAAUUUAUUGGAUUUUCGACUCAAUGCCUGUAAGCAACAGCCUGAAUGUAUUUGUCUGUAGUACAAAUACAUCGUGGUUGAAUCAUACAACAAUAAAGAACACCAACUAAUGAGUAAAGAGGGAUCCGAUAAAUAUAGAGAUAUGCGCACGAUACUAAAAUUCUGUGUUACAAAGGACGUGAUACACCAAGACGCCUUCCACAACCCGGGCAGUAAUGUGCUACAUC